UCGUCGAGCAAUACGUGUCGUUUGCUUGCAUUUGGUAUUUAUUUGUGUUAAGCAAAAAUUGAGUUUUGUCACUUAGGAAGAUAAAGUGUGUUAUCACUUCUGCUACCUGAGAAGUCAAUCUCUCUCUCUGUUUAAUAUCUUUAAAAUUUUAUCUGUUGUGUAUAUAUCGGAUAUUCAAAGAGACGAAAGCAACCUUUUAAAACCGAAAUCUUGAGAUAAAUCGAACAAAGGAUGGAAAACACUUAUUAUUACUCAGCCGUAGCCGACAUCCAAAUGCUAAAUGGGACAACAGUGCCCGAUAGAGAAGUGUUGUCCAACGAUUCGAUCGAUCGAAAAACGCGAAGCAACGGGAACCAGAAUGUCGGUUCCGCCAAAUCGGAAACAAAGAUCGAUAAAAGUUUCGAAAUUGCCAAAUCGAAUCCUUCGGUCGCAACGACGUUAGUCGGCGAUCCUAAUUUCUUGAAAGACGGCGAGGUGUUUGAAACGGAUACGUUCGACGAUCGAUACAGUAGAAAUAUCAAAAAAACGCAGAAUUACAUGGAAAAGUUAUUGGGUAAAAUGGAGGGAACUGUUCGAAAUUCUUGGUCGAUCUCCAAGAUAUUCGCGUCGCCGCAACGAUCGAAGGAAAUGAAAGAGAACAAGGAAACUAGCGGGAAAAGUAAGACGAAGGACGACGAGCACGCGGACACGCCGGAUACUUUGUCCGCGCCGACGUUUACGUUGCGUUUAGGAACGUUCAGAGGAAAUACGCGGAUCCAGAUACCCGAUCGGGUUUUGUCAGAUGUCCCAUUUCCACCGUCGCACAAAAUGACAGUGGCAGAGGUUUUCGACGAGCGAACAGGAUCUCCACGGCCGGAGGUUCUCAAGCAGCACUUUAUCCUCGAAGGUAGAAUCGACGAAGCCGCGGCUCUUCGCAUAAUCAACGAAGGUGCUGCUCUUUUACGCUCGGAGAAAACCAUGAUAGACAUUGAGGCUCCGGUCACUG